AUGGCCUCCGGUGACGCCGGCUCCGGCCAGCACGGCAGCGGGGCGAGCAGCGGCGACAAGCAGCGCAGGUCGUGCGGGCCGUCCCAGAACGCGCUGCUGCACAGCCACGGCGGCAGCGGAAGCGGCGGCGGCAACACGGGGCCGCGGAGCGGCGCGGGCAGCAACCCGCAGAAUGGGAGCCACGGCAGCGGCGGCAAUGGCAGUGGUGGCAAUGGCAGCGGCGGCCACGGCAGUGGUGGCAACGGCUCGGGGGGCAACGGCCACAGUGUUACGCGCCACGGUCGCGGCGACGGGGCCAACGGGGGAACCACCUCGCAUCGCCAACCUCAGGUGGCGCCCGCACCAAUGGCCUGUGCUGUGCUGCCUCAGCAGCAGCAGCAGCAGCAACAGCAGGAGCAGCAGCAGCAGCAGCAGCAGCAGCAGCAGCAGGAGGAGCAACAGCAGGAGCAGCAACAGGGGGCUGCGGCGCCUGCUGGCGCUGAAGCUGGGGCCCUGGCGGUGCAAAUGGAGGUUGACGGCGUGGGAGUGUCCUCCGGCAUGGCCGCGCUCGCGCCAGGCGGUGGCACGGCGGACGCGGCUGCCGCGUGUGAGGGCGCGCUGUCAGGCCGGCCCUGA